GCACCUCAUUGGCCAUAGUUGUCAUUGCGGCAAAGCAAUUGGACAUUUCUUCGGUCAGUUAUGAGGUCUGUGACACCCACCUCCUCACGCACGGUGACUGAAAUUAGUGAGAAUACCCUACAGUAUAUAUUAUUGACAUGGCUGUAACAGCUGAUCACAUCCGGGAUAAAAUUAUUAAGGAACUCGCGGCAGUGCACGUGGAUGUGGAGGAUACGUCACCUAACAGAUGUGCUGCCAGCUUUAAAGUCCUGGUGGUGUCAUCCCAAUUUGAGGGUAAACCACUGUUACAAAGACACAGGAUGGUGAAUACAUGUCUAGCUGAGGAGCUGAAAGAGAUCCACGCUUUCGAACAGAAGACCCUCACACCAGAACAGUGGGAGAAACAGAAGUCUCAAUGACACACACACACACACACACACACACAGUAUCACCCUUACAUCAGUAAAUAUUUUCUACUGCAAAACAGGCCUUAUACUUAUCUUAAAUGAUGCACAUAAGCACUCUUCCUCAUUUCUCUCAAUCAUUAAUGUGGAUUUUAAUCCAAUGGAAUUUUCUGCUGGCAAUAAAACACUGAUGCCAUA